AUGGCACCGGCGCUGGGCAUCGCCCUCCUGGGCGCCCUGCUGAGCCCCUCGCUGAGCCAGCCCACAGAUGCCGUCCUCAGGCUCAGCCAAAGCGUUUUAAGCGACGCCCUUACAGGCUCCCUCGGGCAAGGCGAUGUCCUCCAAGGUGCCCUCGGAGCGGUGCCGCUCGGGAGCGGGCGUCCCGGCACGGAUGGACGCGGAGACUCGCUGGGUGGCCUCGGAGGAGGUCUCCUCGGCGGCGGUGGUCUGCUCGGUGGCAUUACUGGUGGUUUGCUGGGCGGCGGUGGUGGAGGGCUGCUGGGGGGGCUGACUGGUGGUCUGCUCGGUGGAGGGGGUGGUGCUGGUGGAGGCUUGCUGGGCGGAGGGGGUGGUGGAGGUGCUUACGGCGGGGGGCCCACAAACCCUCCCAGAGGCUGGGCGGCAGCCGGUGGCGAUGUCCCCGGGGACGGCAUCCCCGCGGGGGCUGCUGGAGGAGCGCUGGGACGAGGAGGUCUGCUCGGUGAUGGAGGUGUCCUCGGCACGGCGGGGAUCCUCGGCGGCGGCCUGCUCGGCGUCCUUGGGGAAGGCGGCUUGCUCAGCACCGUCCAGGGGCUCACCGGGCUGAGGAUCGUGGAGCUGACGCUCCCCAGGGUGUCCCUGCGGCUCCUGCCUGGCAUCGGCAUCCACCUCAACCUCUACACCCGGGUGGCCCUCAAUGCCAAGUGCCUCCUGGGCCUGCUCGACAUCGCGGUGGAAGUGAACAUCACGUCAAGGGUCAGGCUAACCACGGACGGCACGGGCUGCCCCAAGCUGGUGGCAGAAAGAUGCGAUACCCUCCUUGGUGGCAUUAAAGUCCGACUCCUGAGAGGCCUGCUCCCAAUUGUAGAUAAUUUAUUGGCAAGUGUCCUGAACAGACUUCUUCCUAAUCUGCUCUGCCCCGUGGUCGACGUCGCCCUGGGACUCGUCAACGACAAGCUGGGACUUGUGAACUCGCUGGUACCCCUGGGUUUGCUGGGCAGUAUCCAGUACACUGUGUCCAGCCUCCCCCUCGUCACCGGCCACUUCCUAGAGGUAGACUUGAAUACUAUCGUCAGGCAAGCGGCGGGAGGCCUGGUGGACUAUCCACUGGGAAAGCCAGAAACUGUCCCCACACUGCCACGGGUCCCCAUGCCACCCCUGCCCCCCAUGGCGGCCACCAGCUCCUCCCAGUUGGGCCUCUCGGUGACCUUCCUCAGCUCGGUGCUGGCUGUCCUGCAGAAGGAGGGUGCCCUGGACCUGGCCAUCUCCACCGGCACGUUUCCUGAGCUCCCACCACUGACAACACGGACCCUCGGAGCCCUGGUUCCUGCGGUUUUCAAGGCAUACCCCGAGCCACAUGAGCUCCUGCUGAAAAUUGCAGUUCCCGAAGCACCGGUGGUGACCUUAAAGAAAAAUAAAGGUGCGAUCCAGCUCAUGGCUACAGCAGAGGUGAUGGUGAUCCAUUCAGACGAUGUCCAGAAGUCCCUCUGCCUUCUGAAUAUCGAUGCCUCCUUGCUGGCCCAGUUUUCAGUCGAGGACAACAAACUGAAGAUUAGAGUCAGCCUGGAGAAGGCUGGUCUCUCCUUGGUGUCUUCAUCCAUCGGUGAUUUUGAUGUCUCACUCCUGGAGAUGCUCGUUGGCCAGAUUUUCGACGUUGCUUUCCUGCCUGCAAUGAACGGCGUGCUGGGAGCGGGGGUCCCCCUCCCCAGGCUGCUGAACAUCGACUUCAACAGCGCGGACAUCAACGUCAUCGAAGAUCUCAUCGUGCUGUCGGCGUGAGCUGGGGACACCGGGCUGGGGAGGGACCCCGCUUCACCCCGUCCGCCCCCGGAGGGAUGGCAGCCCGGCCUGCCCCAAGG